AUGACUGACACAACACGACUGAAGAGCACUGUCUAUGUCGGUGGUCUUGAUCAGGCUGUGACUGCUCACACGCUAGCCGAGGCAUUUGUCCCAUUCGGUGAACUUGUUGAUAUUUCGCUCCCCAAGCCGGAUGCGCCCAACUCCACCGACAACCACCGCGGCUUUGGAUAUAUCGAAUUCGAGCUAGCUGAGGAUGCCUUCGAGGCAAUCGACAACAUGGACGGAAGUGACCUUUAUGGUCGCACAAUCACAGUUGCGGCGGCCAAGCCUCACCACAAGGAUACCGAGGGACUAGGUAGCAAGACAGCUAUCUGGGAGCAGGAGGGAUAUCUGGCGAAGUAUGCCGUUAGCGAUGAGGAUCGCCGAGCCACAGAAGAAGCGCAAGGCAUACAUAUGCAGGGAUUGGAACAGCAGGAUGUUGCUGGACCGAAACCUGAGUAA